CACAAUUCUUCGACAAAAGCCUUGAAAGCUUCAUUUCCUCUUCCCUCCCUCGCCAGUCUCUCACCGCUCAUCCAGGACUGCUCUUUUAGCCCUUCCUCGGAGGCUUUGAGAGCGGCGGCGGUCGAGGGAGGUGGCGACGGCGGCGGAGGAGUGCUUCUUCCUGUGCUUGCGGGUUGAUUGUGCGCGAUUCGUCGAGGAAUGAGGAGCAGGCCUCGUGAGAUCCGACGCGGGCUGGACCGGUCCGAUCUAGGAUGACCGAGGCUGAUUUCGGCUCGGAGUUCGGGGGUUGCUUCACCCUUGCUGGACGAAGAAGAACGGGCUGCUCCUUGUCUCUUCGACGCCAGCUUCAUGGCGACCACCAAGCGCGCUUACAAGCUGCAGGAAUUUGUGGCGCAUUCUUCCAGCGUCAAUUGCCUGAAGAUUGGGAGAAAGACGUCGAGAGUUCUUGUUACUGGAGGAGAGGACAACAAGGUUAAUAUUUGGGCUAUUGGAAAACCUAAUGCCAUAUUGAGCCUAUCUGGCCAUAUGAGUGCUGUUGAGUCAGUAAGUUUUGAUUCAUCAGAGAUAUUGGUAGCUGCUGGUGCAGCUAGCGGCUCGGUAAAGUUGUGGGAUUUGGAAGAGGCAAAGAUUGUUCGAACUCUGACCGGCCACAGGUCAAAUUGUAUAGCUGUUGACUUUCAUCCAUUUGGAGAGUUCUUUGCUUCUGGAUCUCUGGAUACAAAUCUGAAGAUAUGGGAUAUUAGAAGAAAGGGAUGCAUUCAUACAUACAAGGGUCACAGCCGAGGGGUUAAUGCUAUUAAAUUCACCCCUGAUGGGCGGUGGGUUGUUUCUGGUGGAGAAGACAACACUGUGAAGCUUUGGGAUCUUACUGCUGGAAAACUUUUACAUGAUUUCAAGUUUCAUGAGGGUCAGAUUCAGUGCAUUGAUUUCCAUCCUCAUGAAUUUCUGCUGGCAACAGGUUCAGCUGAUAGAACUGUUAAGUUAUGGGAUCUUGAAACUUUUGAGCUAAUAGGGUCUGCUGGACCUGAGACUUCUGGUGUGCGUUCUAUGACGUUUAAUCCUGAUGGGAGAACAUUGCUUUGUGGAUUGCAUGAGAGUCUGAAGGUUGUUUCCUGGGAACCAAUAAGAAGCCAUGAUACUGUGGAUGUAGGAUGGUCUAGACUAUCAGAUAUGAACAUUCAUGAGGGUAAACUUCUUGGAUGUUCAUACAAUCAAAGCUGUGUUGGAGUAUGGGUUGUGGACCUUUCUCGCAUUGAGCCAUAUGCAAUUUCUGGUGCUGCUAGAUCAAAUGGUCAUUCUGAACCAAAGUCUACAUCAAGUGGUAAUCCAUCUACGCAAACUGACAACAAUAUAAAGUCUAGCAUGGGGAGGCUAUCAAUAUCACAAAGUUCAGAAGCAAAUGCUAAGGAAACAAAACCAGAAGCAUCAGCUGCAAGCAUCCCUGGUACCCCUCAAAGAACUGGGACAAAUGCUGGUGUAAAAACAACUACAACAGCACCUACACCUGUUUCUACUACUUCAAAAAGAAGUUCAUCAAAAGCUCAGGCUACGACAAAUCUUCAGACAAUCAAUAAAUCUGAUAUAAUACCUGUCAUUGUUCCAAGAACUAACCCACGAGGAGAGUUGUCCUCUGAUUCUACUAAGGUGACUGGAGUUGGAAGAACAAUACCAUAUGAUAUCCAAUCAAAAUUUGCUAAUUUUCGGAAGGUAUCAAACAUCAGAGAGAAUUCAGACAAAGCAGAUAUGUCCAUUGAGUCUGGACUUGUGGGUAAUAGAAACACUGAACAAAAUGAAUAUUUGGGCCAAACUUCUAUUUCUUCUGCCAACGCUGUAACUCAGCUAGUGACUGCUGGAGAAAAUAACCAGGAUGGUGUUAGACGUGUUAUAACAGGUAGGGGACGAUUGAACUCAUUCAGAGAGUCAACUGCAAAUUAUGAUCAGGAAAAUUAUAAUAUCAAAAUCGAGAAGCCAAAGGAAGUGUGCCCUAUUGAUGUUCCACAAAGAGGAAGAACAAGGUCAAUUGCUUCAAACUGGGAAAGGAGGGAAUGUUCUCCAAGCUAUGAGGGGCCAGUGUCAAGCAAUUCCUCUGAGACAAUGAUGGCUACUAGCUCCUUAUAUUCUUUGAGAGGUCAUAAUCGAUUUGCUGAAGAAACUGUACCUGCCUCUGAUGAGGAUUCCAUUUCUAUUUUAUUAGAAAAACAUGAUCAAUUCUUAAACUUAACACAGUCUCGGUUGAUCAAACUACAGGUAGUUUCCCGGCUUUGGGAAAGAAAUGAUGUCAAGGGCGUUGUCGGUGCAAUUGAGAAGAUGUCUGAUUAUGCUGUUUCUGCUGAUGUAUUGGGUUGUUUGAAGGACAAAGGUGAUAUUGUCACUCUAGAUAUUUGCAUGUCUCUCCUACCGCUCCUUACUGGCCUUCUUGAGAGUAACAUGGAUAGGCAUGUAGGUGUUUCCUUGGGAAUGUUGCUGACACUUGUCAGAAUCUUUGGUCCUGUAAUACAUUCAACCUUGUCAGCUGGUCCAUCUGUUGGUGUUGAUCUUCAAGCAGAGCAGAGGCUGGAACGUUGCAAUUCGUGCUUCAUUGAGUUGGAAAAAGUCAAGCAUAGGAUUUCUUCCAUGAGUAGAAGAGGAGGGUCUAUUGCAAAGGCUGCACAAGAGCUGAAUCUCGCUCUUCAGGAAGUACUGUGACUGGCUAACAUACACACAUGUAUAGUGGAUUAGCCAUGGACCUGCCGUUCUUUAGAUCCCUGUCUCCCCGUAGCGAGCUGGUCAUUCAUCUGCUGACUCACCAGAUACGGGCGCUGAAGCUAAACACUCCAGAUAUCAUACUGCUUGCAUCAUGUACCCAUUCUGUGGUCUGACAUUGUUGGUCCGUGCAGCAGCAUGCGGAGGGUAUACACGUAUGACGGCAGUAGGAAAAGUUCCAUAAUACUCACAAAGAAUCGAUCUGAGCAUAACUGUUAUGUUAUCACAAGAGGCUUUGCUGGCAUCUUUUGAGGUUUGCUGCAUGAGGUGUUUUGUGUUUUCUAUAUGCAACGGAUUUUAAUCCUAGUAAAGUUUUCAUUGCUUAGAAUUGGAUUGAGUUGCCUAUAGCCCAUCAAUUGUUAGGGUGAGGAGGCAUAAGGGGAAGCUUUUUCUCUGUACCUAGUUCUUGUAUCACAAGUUGCAGCAAUGACAGAAAAAGGUUUUCCAAAAACUUUGAUCCAGAAAACUCAGCCCCUCUAA